CAGCGAGCGACCAUCGACAACGCCGCGGCAGGCCGGCCGGCCAGCCGAUUGGUAGUUCCAUCGCCACCACUUUCCUGUCCCGUCCCGCCUAUAAAUACCCCCCGGCAAUGUCCUCCGCCUCACACCAUCCCAGCGCGAACCAGACAGCAGCAGGUGGUGCCAAGCAGCAGCUAGCAAGCAAGCUAGCUAGCUGUUCUGCAUACAGCCUAGCUGAAGCUCCUCCUCCCUUCCUGGCUUCUGCGAGCAUGGCCGCCGCGCUCUUCUCCUUCAGGGCCGCGGCGCUCGCCGCGCUCCUCGUCGCCGUGAUGGCCGCCUGCGGCGCCCGCGGCCAGCUGCAGCCCAGCAACGCCUCCGCCGACUCCCAGGAGAGAUCCUUGCUGUCCUACAGCGGCGGCUGGAUCCCGGCCAAGGCCACCUGGUACGGCGCGCCCACCGGCGCAGGCCCCGACGACAACGGCGGCGCGUGCGGGUUCAAGCACACCAACCAGUACCCCUUCUCCUCCAUGACGUCGUGCGGCAACGAGCCCAUCUUCAAGGACGGCAAGGGCUGCGGCUCCUGCUACCAGAUUCGGUGCGUUAAGAGCAACCACCCUGCCUGCUCCGGCGUGCCGCAGACGGUGGUCAUCACCGACAUGAACUACUACCCGGUGGCCAAGUACCACUUCGACCUCAGCGGCACGGCAUUCGGCUCCAUGGCCACCUACGGCCUCAACGACAAGCUCCGCCACGCCGGGAUCAUCGACAUGCAGUUCAGGAGGGUGCCGUGCAACUUCCCCGGGCUGACGAUCAACUUCGUCGUCCAGCACGGGUCCAACCCCAUGUACCUGGCGGUGCUGGUCGAGUUCGAGGACAAGGACGGCGACGUGGUGCAGGUGGACAUCAUGCAGCACAACUCCGGCUACUGGGAGCCGAUGCACGAGUCGUGGGGAUCCAUCUGGAGGAUCGACCCCAACCGCCCUCUCAAGGGCCCCUACUCGCUGCGCAUCACCAACGAGUCCGGCAAGCAGCUCGUGGCCAAGAACAUCAUCCCGGACAACUACAUCCCCAACACCAACUACCGCUCCUACGUCCAGUACUGACACCCCGUCGAUCGAUCAGCUAGCACUGCGCGUGAGUGAGCUCUCCGAUCCAGCACCGGCUCAAGGGCUCUCUCUCGCUCAUUAUAGUGGCCGGCCGCCGUUGGCAAUUGCGCUGAGGAUUUUUCACAUCGGUUCAUUCCAUUGUUGGUGUGUUUAAUUGUGGUGUGUCCUGAAUGAAGGUGCGUGGGAAAUUAGAGGAGGCAAGCAUCAACGAGUGCUCUCCCGCCCACUGUCACUCUACCAUUACCAGUGUGUAACCAGAAAAUUAUAUAUGGUUAUAAAUUAUACAGUACUACGUGUGCUGCUAUACUAUUUAACUA